AAAAUUUUGAAACGACCAUAACCCAUUCUAAUUAUUUACAAUCUUACAAGAAAGAUGAGCUUUGUUGACAGAGAACUGAAGGAGCUGGAAGGACAAAUAAAAGAUGUGGCAUUUACUAAGUUGAUUACUUGUCAUCCAGCUAUGGUACAGAUCAAAGUGAGACACACAGAAUAUAAGCAGCUCACAAUGUGUGCCCAGUUUCCAGAUGGCUACCCUAACGAAAUUCUCCUGUUAGAACUUAAAAGCAAAUCGAUACUGGACAAACUAAUCGACGGUCUAGUACGUGUAUGUGAACAAGAACUGGACAAAUAUAAAGGGGAACAACAGUUGUUAGUAUUAGUCAAGUUUGUUAACGAGUUUAUUGUCAGCAACCCGUUCAUGGUAUGUUCGGAUGAGCUCAGUUUUAUCAAGAAAGAUCUCACGAGAGAAGGCGAUGAAGUGAAGAUAAAAAAGAAAUCAGGGACAAUUCAAUAUAAGGCCUUUCAGGGAAGGUACUUUAUUGACUUUGUUCUGACAGUUCCGAAUGAGUACCCUCAUCAGCAUGCCAAAUUGGAAUUGAAGUCCUCCAACUUUCCGGCUGACUUCAUAACCAUAUUCAUGGGCCACUCGACUGAGAUGCUGCGGCAGUGUGUCCAGCCUCCGCUCAGGAAGAAACCAAGUGACCCACCCUUUCAACCGAAGCCUUCUCUACAGCCAGUAGCCAACUACCUAGUGACCAACUGUGCUCGCAAGUUUCCACUAGAGCAGUGUGCAGUCUGCAAUAAACCUGCUCUCCCUGAGGACCCAAAGGACAUUGUCAGUGAAGAGUCACAUGACAUGUUUGUGUUUCGUGUCUACUGUUCUCACCUGUACCACCGUGGAUGCUUGGACAGCUACAUGAAAACACCACCCUUUGAAGGUGGAAAGAAAUGUCCCAAAUGUCAACAGAGGAUAUUUCACGACAAAUGGAAUGUUCCCCCGAGAUUGGCGGAAGAAAGAUGGGCACACAAAGAAGCCAGGGAGAGAGAGGUUGCUGAAGUUGCUGACUUUUUAGGAUUGUAACUUUAGUUUAUCAACUCAUUAUCUCUCUUCAAUUUUUCUGUCGAAACGUUUGUUGGUUAUACAUAAUUGAUGUUGACAAUUUUUUACUUAGUACAAA